UAAGUUUACAAAGUCUGAUUCAUUCCCACAAUGCGUUUCGGCAGCGCUGCUCUCUGCCCUUCAGCCAGCAGUGUGGAGUCUGUCUACUCUCAGCUAGUUUUACUUGUAUACACAUUUUAUUGAUCACCUAUCUUCAGCCCAGGAUUUGACUUAUGGCUCAAGAAGACAAAGUGAGGAAGGUAAAGGUGAAGAAAGCCAAGAAAGAGGCCGCACCGAGUGAAAACCUGUCCAGCGGAGACCCACACCUAAAGGAAUUCAAGAAGGUGGCGUCGAGAAACAAGGCGAAAUCCCAGCGAGGACAGAAGGACACAAAGCAGCACAAGGUCAAGAGUCCUAAAAAGGAAAUUACAGACUUUGAAAUAGAUAAUGAUAAAAGGGUUAAAGAGGAGGCAAAUGAUGGUGACUUUGUGGCAGAAAAGAAAGGGAAGAAAAGAAAGCUGGAAUCGGUUGAUUGCUCUCCAGCACUUUCUUUCAGGCCGAAGCAGAAGAAGAAGAAGAAAGCGCCCCAAGAGGGAAAAGAAAGUCCUGCUCCGGAGGAAAAAAAGCCAAUGUCGGAAGCAAAAAAUAAGAAGGUGAAGAAGGAGGCAGGGGAGCAUCCUGUCACAGCAAAGAAGAAGAAGACAAAGGAGGAGAUCGAGGCAUCCAGGGCCCUCAAGAUCAAGAAGAAGGAGGAAGAGGAGCAGCAGCGAUGGCGUUGGUGGGAGGAGGAGAAAUAUGAAGAUGGUAUCAAGUGGAAGUUUUUAGAGCACAAGGGGCCCAAUUUUCCUCCUGAGUACCAGCCGUUCCCAGACAACGUGAAGUUUUACUAUAAUGGUAAUCCUGUAAAGCUGAGCUUGGCUGCUGAAGAAGUGGCUUUGUUUUUUGCUCAGAUGCUGGAUCACGAGUAUACCACAAAGGAUGUGUUUCGUGACAACUUCUUUAAAGACUGGAGGAAGGAGAUGACUCUGGAGGAACGGAUGCUGAUCACUGACCUCAAUAAGUGUGACUUUGGAGAGCUGCAUUCCAUGCACAGAGAGAAAGUGGAGGCAAGGAAGAACAUGAGCAAAGAAGAGAAAAUGGUUAUAAAAGAGUCCAAUCAGAAGAUUCUGGAGGAGUACGGCUACUGUAUGUUGGACCACCACCGGGAACGCAUCGGCAACUUUAAGAUUGAGCCUCCAGGGCUUUUCCGAGGCAGAGGAGAACAUCCUAAACAGGGCAUGCUGAAGAAGAGGCUUCAGCCAGAGGACGUUAUCAUCAACUGCAGCCGCGAUUCUCGUAUCCCACAAGCUCCUGCUGGUCACAGCUGGAAAGAGGUGCGACAUGACAACACGGUGACCUGGCUGGCCAGCUGGACUGAGAACGUCCAGGGCUCCUGCAAAUACAUCAUGCUCAACGCCAACUCCAAGCUCAAGGGAGAGAAGGACUGGGAGAAAUACGAAGUGGCUCGCAAGCUGAAGACGUGUGUGGAUUCUAUCCGAGCCCAGUACCAUGAGGAUCUGAAGUCCAAACAGAUGGGCACACGGCAGAGAGCUGUAGCCCUCUAUUUUAUCGACAAGCUGGCUCUGAGAGCAGGUAAUGAAAAGGAAGAGGGGGAGACGGCGGACACAGUGGGUUGCUGCUCUCUGCGCGUUGAGCACAUUACCUUACACGACACACUCGACGAAGAGAAAUGUGUGGUGGAGUUCGACUUCCUGGGUAAAGAUUGCAUCCGUUACUACAACAAGGUUCCUGUCUCGAAAAGGGUUUUCAAAAACCUCAAGCUUUUUAUGCAAAACAAGCAAGAAGGAGACGACCUGUUUGAUCGAUUAAAUACUGCGAUGUUGAACAAGCAUCUGAGUUCCCUGAUGCCUGGUCUUACAGCCAAGGUUUUUAGGACAUACAACGCCUCGAUGACAUUGCAGCAGCAACUCAAAGAGCUCAGCAAUUGUUCAGAGAAUUUGGUGGAGAAGCUGCUGUCCUACAACAGAGCGAACCGCGCGGUUGCAGUUCUCUGUAACCAUCAGCGGGCGCCGCCAAAGACCUUCGAGCAGUCCAUGGCAAACCUUCAGGUCAAGAUCGCGAGUAGGAAAGAGCAGCUGGCGCUGGCGAAAAAGGAGCUGAAGCAAGCCAAGAAGGAAGCCAAAGGGAACUCGGACAACAAACUGCUGGCUGUGAUAGAGAAGAAGAAGAAGGCAGUGCAGCGCUGUGAAGAGCAGCUGCUUAGGAUGGAGGUUCAGGCUACAGAUCGAGAGGAGAACAAGCAGAUCGCCCUCAGCACCUCCAAGCUAAACUAUCUGGACCCACGCAUCAGCGUGGCCUGGUGCAAGAACAUGGAGGUGCAACUGGAUAAAAUCUAUAACAAGACCCAGAGGGACAAGUUUGCCUGGGCCAUUGACAUGACCGAGCCAGACUUUGUGUUUUAAUCAUGCACCAUGCAUUUCUAGUUCAAAUUUUUAAAUCUGUUCUUUUUUUGUAAAGGCACUUUUUAAUAUAGAUUUUUUGGCAAAAAUUGAUUCUGUUUUAAAAUUUAGUUCGUUUUUUGUGUUUAUUACUUUUAGAAAUCUGUUCACUACAAUAAAUGGUUCUGUUUUCUAUA